AUGCACAACAAGGUCAUCAUAGAAAACCCAAGGCCAGACACAACAAGACACAAUAUUCAGAAACCAAGCCCAGCAAUACGCCUCGACCAGCUUCCCAUUAGCGGCCAUCCGAAUCACGAUUCUGCGCAGGGCCCGAAAGAAGGAGGGCACCACCAGCCGAGGCCCGAAGCUGAAACCCCUCCUCCGGCCACCGAGACGUAUUAUGCCGCCGCCCUUCCGCCGCCGGCGGCUGCGGCGGCACCACCCCACCACCACGCCGGAGCUCGAGAGCACCGAUAUUUCAAAGGCUCUCCUGCUCAGCAUUUGUUGUUGCUUAGAAUUGAUUUGAAGGGAUGUAAAAUGACUUGUGUUAUGGCUCAAGUUGGGGACAAGUAG